AUGCCUCUCCUUGAUUUACUAAAGAAAAAGGACAAAGUCGGAGGAAAUGAUGCGCAUUCUCCACGCGCCGAUCCAGAAGUUGGUCCAGUUUUCACAUUUACGACAAGUGAUACACAAACAGAAGAAGUGAUAUCUUCGCCAAGUUUCCCUUCCUCGGAAGCAUCCUUGCAACCCUCAGUGGGAAAACCGAACAAUGAAUCGCGAACGAGUCGACUGUUCAGAGGACGGCCUAGGAGCAUCUCGCCCGAAUCGGGAAACUCAGGCACAUCUGGCGCAUCAGUUUCUUCAAGAAUUAGUGAUCGAUCACCGUCAAGACCAGUACAGAAUGGCAAAAAAAUAUCAGAAAGAUUUGGUUUGCGCAAGCAUGAAGUAGGAUCUUCGCAUGUUCCGAGCGAUUUGCCGGAGAUUACAGUGGAAGAAGCUGCGGCAGAUGGUAAAGGUGCGGAAGUACAAUGGGAGAAGAGGGCUACCAUGUUGGCACAGCAGAAUGAGAGAUCAAUAAGCAGACCAGGUUCAUCCUCUGGCAGUCCACCAGGUAGCAGGAAUAGGAAUCCUGGGGAAAUUCCCGGGGCAAUAAGUCCGGGGAGAAAUACUUCGGGUGUGGUCGCUAGCAGAACUGUAGAUGAUGAUCUUCAAGAAGCUAUUCGACUUCAUGAAGAAGGUCACUUGGAGGAAGCAACAAAGUUAUUCGCAAGAUUGGCAGACCCUAAUGGUGCAAACAAUGCUCUUUCUCAAGUCUUAUAUGGUCUUGCUCUCAGGUACGUUAAUAUGGCCCUUUAUACGACCUGCAUCACGCUACAUGGCUGGGGAUGUCAAGCCAAUCCAGCUGAAGCCGUCACCUACCUUUCGGCAGCAGCAUCAAACGCAGCAGCAAUUGAGGAGCUUGCGCUGCAGUCCGGAAAGAUGAAAGGGGGAGCUGCUAAAGGAGAGCUCGUUAUUGCGAUUUACGAACUAGCAAACUGCUUCAGAAAUGGCUGGGGGGUUAAAGUCGAUCCAACAGCAGCACAGAAAUACUACCAAACCGCCGCAGAACUUGGAGAUACAGAUAGCAUGAAUGAGGUGAACCUAUGCAAUUCUUCCUACCCGGAAGGCAAAAGUCUGCCGAUACUUAUAUCGGGCUACGAUGCCGUUGCACGGUGUUACUUAGAGGGAUUUGGUAAGCGUCCUUAUAUCUCCCCAGCAACCAAAUUCGAACUCGAACUCGUAAUCCUCACGUUUGCCUGGUCUAAAUAUGCUGACCACUCUACCCGCAGGCUGCAAAAAAGACAAACGUACUAUCUUCGCAAGGCCGAAAAUGCGGGUGUGAAAACUUUAGGCAAUUCUUGGAUUUGGAAGGAUAAAUACAAUCCUAAGAAAUAA